UACUGCGACACCUUGCUAAGGAAGGUUAUAAGGCUAGCCUCACAAAAUUACAGUUUGCAAAACAGAAGGUGCAUUUCUUGGGGCAUGAUAUCACAGGGGAGGGAAAAACGCUGUCUGCGGACAGAGUCUCAGCUAUUCAGAAAAUUCCCAAGCCGAUCACUGUGAAACAAGUUUUGUCAUUUUUCGGUAUGUGUUCCUAUUGCAGAGCAUUCAUUCCGAAUUAUUCCAUCCUGGAAAGUCCAGUGAGAGAGCUCGUGCACGGUUCGUCCCUCACCGUUUCGUCACCUGUCGUAUGGACACCAGAGGCUGAAGAAAUAUUCCUGGCCCUAAAAGGCGCCCUGCAGACCACACCCACUCUGGGACUGCCUGACCCCAAUAAACCAUUUUGUUGAAAGUGUAGAUGAAAAGAAGGGUUUUUAUGACCUCUGUUCUUUUGCAGAAACACAGGGAUAGAUUGAGACCUGUAGCUUACUUCUCCAGCAGGCUGGAUCCUGUGGCGGCUGGACUUCCUGUUUGCCUGCGUGCAGUUGCUGCAGCUGAAAAGGUGGUAACUGCCUCCAGAAAUAUUGUGGGGUAUUCUAACCUCACCCUUUUGGUCCCACAUGCUGUCUCCCUGCUUCUGUUGGAGAAAAAGACGUCAAAUUUGUCAGCACAGAGAUGGCUGAAGUAUAACACGGUCAUACUUGAUAUGCCUAACAUCAUUGUGAAACGUUGUACUGUUCUGAAUCCUGCCUCUCUUCUCCCUACAGAGGACGAUGGAAAACCACAUGACUGUGUUGCUCUCACUAACGAUUUUUAUUCCCCCAGGGCAGACUUAAAGAGCGACCCUUUGGAAAAUUCAGACAUGAUCCUCUAUGUGGAUGGUUCAGCCUCCAGAGACUCAGAGACAGGAAAGAACAAAAUAGGUUUUGCCGAAGUCUCAGAUCACGAGGUCCUCAAGGCAUCGUGUCUGCCCUUGAACCUGUCAGCGCAGGCCGCAGAGCUCUAUGCCCUCAUUGAGGCAUGCAAACUGGCGGCAGGGCAAUCUGUCAAUAUUUUUACGGACAGUAGGUAUGCAUUUGGUGUUGUGCCCGAUUUUGGCACCAUUUGGAAACACAGAAAUUUUCUCACUAGCACAGGAUCUCCCACUGCACAUCAUAAACUGGUCUCUGAGUUGUUGGAUGCUAUUCUACUCCCUAGAGCCAUUGCUGUGUGUAAGUGUGCUGCCCAUACUAACAAUACUGAUCUUGUGUCUCAAGGGAAUGCCAGGGCGGACGCGGCAGCAAAGUGUGCAGCCUUAACUUCCAGUUCACCCUCUAACCUUGCUUUUCCUCAGGUUUCUACCCCCUGUUUACCGUACAGCUAGCGGACCUUCAGAGCACUGCCACUCAGGACGAGAGACGAGUCUGGAAACAGGCAGGCUGUAUCUUUGCAAACUUGGUCUGGGUUUGUCCCUCGGGCCGUCCCUGUCUACCAAAAUACAUGUUCCCUUUCUAUGCAAAAUUGGCACAUGGGCUCACCCAUGUGUCAAAAGGGGGGAUGGUAGCAGAAAUAACAAAGAGAUGGUUCACAAAGGGGUUUUCAAAUUAUGUUGCAAAAUUUUGCAAGCAAUGCUUGAUAUGUGCACAACAUAAUGCAGCUCAAGGUAUCAGACUAACUCAAGCAGCACACCCAAGACCAGACAAACCAUUUGAUCACCUCUAAAUGGACUUUACUGAACUGACACCUAGUGAAGGGAAAAGGUAUUGCCUGGUAAUAGUUGACAUGUUUUCAAAAUGGGUUGAAGUAUUCCCCACAGCUAAACAAGACUCAGAGGCAGUAGUCAAAGCACUCCUGAGAGAUAUAAUUCCUAGGUGGGGUAUACCUAGCAAAAACUCAAGUGACAAUGGAACACCCUUUGUUAAUGCAGCCCUAAAGAAAAUAGGAGCAUUCCUAGAGAUAGACCUGAAACAACAUUGUGCCUACCAUCCUGCCAGUGCGGGAGCAGUAGAGAGGGAAAAUGGGUCCCUUAAAAAUAAACUAAGCAAAGCUUGUGCAGAAACAGGGCUAGGAUGGACAAAGGUCCUCCCUGUAGUACUCACACAAAUGAGGAUGCAAACUAGACCUAAACAUGGGUUAAGCCCAUUUUGAAAUUCUGUUUGGACAAGUACCCAACAUGGGGAUAGGGCCAGUUCAAGGAACACUGCUGGACACCACACUGUGUGAUGAUGCAAUGUUGAAUUACUGUGCAACGUUGUCCUCUGCUUUGAAAUUUAUCCACAAACAGGUAAAAGAAGCACUUCCCAAACCCGCUGAGGGAUCUACAACCAGGGGAAUGGAUAGUGGUGAAGGACUUCCGACGAACCAAGUGGAACAGGCCACAGUGGAAUGGCCCAUUCCAGGUCCUGCUCACGACCCCAACGGCAGUGAAGGUCACGGGCAGAGUGACGUGGAUCCACACUAGCCACUGCAGGAGGGUUCCUGAACCGGCUGAGCAGGAGGAAAAGAAGGCCUAAGUGACCCAGACGCUGACUAAAGCUUGUGAGGAAGAAAGGCAUCACUGCAUGGAACAGUAGGCAGCUGACAAAUAUUGGUUACCAGAUGGUGAAAAUAGACCCAGACGACUUGCCUGACUGGCCUCCAAAACCCACACAAAGACCACAACCUACCGUUCGAUGACAUCAGCACAGUUGACAUGAAACUAGUCCUGACUUAAAACACUUUCAUUAUGAUUGUUUCCUGUUCUAUUAUUCCUGAUAUAUGUAUAUGGCUUGCUAGUAUUUAUUUAAGAUGCCUAUAUGUCUUAUAAAAAAACAGCCUUAGCAUUAUCCCUGUACACUCAAUGACGUGUUAAGUCGAAUCUCUCUGGGAACUCUUAUCACUGAAACUGUGUACAGUUCUUUUCUUUUAGCAAUUAUCCUCCUAUAGGAUAAAAAGGGGGGAAAUGUGAGGGAAAUUUAGUGGAUGAACAUUCUUAUUCUCUGUGUUUCUGUAUGUUGAGCUCAAGUGACUUAAUGUACUGAGAAAAGAUGUUUUUCCAAUGCUGUAAUUGCCUUUCUGUGGCCUUGGCUGGUGAUAAGCAGGGUGCCUGAGUUCUCCAUAACUACGCAUCUGCCUGCACAUACCAGAGCACGCCAGGUGCACGCUUUAACAAAGCUUCAUAGAAAAUCUUGAGCCAAUCAUGUGAAGAUGCAAGCAGUAAGCGAAUGCCUUUAGAGUAUAAUAGAUAACAGUCACUAAAACACAACUCAGAGUGCGCGUACUCUCGGCAUCAUCAGAAGUGGUGUUUUCUUCUAUUCUUCUCUUUCCUUUCCUAUUUUAUAUAUCUGUUAUAUGAUCUACUAUAAUAAAUAACUGAAAAGACGACU